UCCCGCGCUUUCUAACCGACACACGACCUCAUCUCCCUCUCCCUCCUCCUCGUCGUUCACGGAUCCCAGACCCCGAUCCGCCCCAUACCUAUCAGCCAUCCCCCGCCACCACCGUGGGCGCCGUCGGAUCCCCUUCUUCCCGCUUCUUCCGCCGCUGGAAUCGGGCCAAGAACCAGGGUUUGGCCUCGGAUUCUUUCUUGGAGGACGACCUGGGGUUCCUUUUGUGAUUUGGUUUGUUUUGUGCUGGGAGGUCGAUGUCUGCCGGCCGAGCAGCUGGAAGCCGCACGCCGCAGCUGCCGAAGCGGUACCUUCCGUUCCCCUAUGCAACGCUACCGUUUUUUGCUCCAGAUGAAUACCACCGGCUCCCGGCCCCCGAUGGGCGUCGGAUCACCGGGGAUGAGCUGGCCGAUGCCCUAGUUAUUAAGAUGCCUUGAACAAGAAGAUGAUGAGGCUGCAGAGUCAAGUGAGUGGAUGACGAAUCCUUUUAAUGCUGAAAGACAUAAUAAUCUUUUUCUCACACCAAAAUCAGGAAACAGAAGAAAGAAAGCUGGCAGAUCCAAGGUUGCGAAGUACAAGAAGUCUGGCCCUCAAGCCCCUAUGUCAAACCCUGGUUCACCUUCAUGCAACACCUUGACUUCAGUUGGUACUUGCCAUUAUGACAGCUCUCUAGGACUCCUGACCAAAAAGUUCAUCAAUUUGCUUAAACAUGCGGAGGACAGCAUCCUUGAUUUGAAUAAUGUUGCGGAAACACUUGAGGGGACAAGAGUCACAAGACAACACAAGACCAGGAGAAGUCAGCAAAUUUGUGAAAGACUGAGGGUCCUUAUUGAAGAUGAAAUCAAUCAAAAGUUGCUAUAUGUGACUGAAGAUGACAUCAAAGCUCCACCAUGCUUUCAGGAUGAAACAUUAAUAGCAAUAAAAGCACCUCAUAGUACUACCCUGGAAGUUCCAGACCCUGAUGAGGUGAGUAAUUAUCUGCAGAGAUACAUGAUUGUCCUAAGAAGCACAAUGGGCCCGAUAGAUGUUUAACUUGUUAGUCAAUUUGAGGAGGUGAGUGGUGUUGAGCCAUCUCGAAGGCUCGUUUCUGGGAACUCUGGCGAACUCAGGGUCUGUUGCGAACCCAUGCUGGCAGAGUUACAACGGAAGAGAGCAGAGGGUUAAUCAAGAUAGUGACAUAAGUUCCUCGCAGGAUUUUGGCGGUGGUAUUAUGAAGAUAGUUCCCUCAGAUUUUGAUGUAAGUUCAGUUUUUGGUUAUGGAGAUAUUAAGCCAUUAUACCUGCAUAUGCAACUCACCUCUGUGGUCUGGAUCAUGGACAUCACA